AUGCUAGCCUCGUUGAUCCAACCCUUACAACUGCCGUCGCCGUCCAAAGAUGUCUUUGGGAUAGAAACACAAAGCUCGCGCACAAGGAGCAUGGACAAACUAUUGCAUGACGUCGAGGGCCUCUUUGAGGCACCUCUGCGUCCAAGGAGCCUGCACGCCAUGUCAGAACAGCUUCAGGCUGAGUUUCGCACAAAACUGCAGUCGUCAAACAUAUGCAUGCUGCCAUCUUUCCACCACACCUUACCAACUGGGAGUGAAUGCGGCGACUUUGUCGCCCUGGACGUUGGUGGCUCGACCUUCCGCAUCGCUCUCGUACAUUUGACUGGAAAGAACUCGACAAGAGAUGGAAUGGAGAUCAAGAGAAUGAAGAGCUUCGUCAUUGACAAGCCCAUACGAGAUUUGAAAGGGAAAUCUUUCUUUGAAUGGAUGGCUGCCAGGAUAGAGGAAGUCAUCGGCUCGGCUCAGGGCGAUGCUGCUCCUCUGUCUAUGGCCAUGUCGUGGUCUUUUCCCAUCGAGCAGACUUCCACGCGCAGUGGCUCUCUUUUGACUAUGGGUAAAGGCUUCUGUGCUACUCAUGGUGUUGAAGGGCAGGAUAUCUAUGAGCUUUUGAUGGAUGCCUGCAGGCAGCGCAACCUCCAAGUCCAACUCCAAGCCAUCAUCAACGAUUCAUCAGCAACAUUACUCUCACAAGCUUAUCGCGAUCCUUCAACUCGUCUCUCACUCAUCCUUGGAACCGGCAUGAACUCGGCAAUAUAUCUGCCAGUUUCGGCUCUGGCGCAAGAAAAAUACGGGAGCCGGCCUGAAAGUUGGCAUGCCUGUGCUAAAGAUGUGCUCGUGAAUACCGAGCUCAGCAUGUUUGGAAAGGACGUUCUUCCAGCUUCGCGGUGGGAUCAUUACCUCAAUGCUACUCACGCCAUGCCAGACUUCCAACCCCUGGAACACAGGGUCAGUGGAAGAUAUCUUGGCGAAUUGGUGCGCCUCGUCCUCAUCGAAGGAAUCGAGACUGCAGACCUUUUUAAUGGCAUGAUGCCUGCCAAGCUACAGGAGCCUUACUCGUUGGACACUGGAACGAUUGCCGUAUUCGAGAGCGAUUCAUCCUCCACCUUAUCUGUUGCCGCAUGUGCGUUCGCAUCAGCUCAUCCUUUGCCUGCGGGGCGCACGCCAUCCUCAAAAGACCUUCACUUCAUUCGACAAGUCAGCCGCUUGGUAUCAGGCCGAGCAGCUGCGUUGGUGGCCACAGCUGUUCAUGCUCUGUGGUCGCUACAACACAGCCUAGUGACUUCUCCCAGCGUUAACAACUCACAGCUUGCAGACCCGACUCAAUUACGAGCAACAGUGGCUUGCAACGGUACCGUCAUGGAAAAGUAUCCAGGGUUCCGCUCCAGAUGUCAGGGCUACCUUGACGAGCUGGCUAUGAUCAGCGGCCAGUCCCGCGGUGCCAUCUCGAUUGAGAUGGCUCUGGAAAGUUCAGUAUUUGGUGCAGCUGUCGCUGCUGCUUCGGAGUCCGAAGCAUAG